CGGGCUCUCAACGGUCACACUGGUUUGGUUGUUGGGCUUUCACGAGCGCGUGUUUUUCGCUUAAAUUCAUAAUUAUUAAUUAAAACCUGGCCAGGAUGUCGCUAAUAACCCGUUUGCUGAGUGGUAACAAUGCCCUGCGCCAACGGGCACUGGAAACUUUGGGCAGAGCCGGCUACAGUUCGCAUGCCAAGUUCUCGGAGCACAAGCCCAUCGAGAAGAUCCGGAACAUAGGAAUCUCGGCGCAUAUAGACAGUGGAAAGACGACAUUGACGGAGAGAAUUCUCUUCUACACCGGAAGGAUUGCGGAAAUGCACGAGGUUCGAGGAAAAGAUAAUGUGGGAGCUACCAUGGACAGCAUGGAACUGGAAAGACAGCGAGGAAUUACCAUCCAAUCGGCAGCUACCUAUACUCUGUGGAAGGACACCAACAUCAAUAUUAUCGACACCCCGGGGCAUGUGGACUUCACCGUGGAGGUUGAGCGUGCCCUUCGAGUUCUGGACGGAGCCGUUCUGGUUUUAUGCGCCGUGGGUGGAGUACAGAGUCAGACCUUGACUGUCAACCGGCAGAUGAAGCGAUAUAAUGUGCCUUGUCUGGCCUUUAUCAAUAAGCUGGAUCGAUUGGGUUCAAAUCCCUACCGAGUACUUUCACAAAUGAGGUCAAAAAUGAACCACAAUGCUGCCUUCAUUCAGCUGCCCAUUGGUGUCGAGAGCAAUUGCAAAGGCAUUAUAGAUUUAGUGCGCGAAAGAGCCAUUUACUUCGAGGGAGAACAUGGAAUGGAUCUCAGGCUAGACGAAAUCCCUCAGGAUAUGCGAGUGGAAAGCCAGGAGAGAAGGCAGGAACUUAUCGAACACUUGUCCAACGCAGACGAAAAAUUUGGCGAACUUUUCCUAGAAGAAAAACCCUUCACAGAAGACGAUAUCAAGGCUGCCUUAAGGAGAACCUGCAUCAAUAGAACCUUCACACCUGUUUUAGUUGGAACAGCGUUGAAGAACAAGGGUAUCCAGCCUUUGCUAGAUGCUGUAAUUGAGUACCUGCCCAAUCCCGGGGAGGUGGAGAACCUAGGCUUCAUAGAGAAAGAAGGACAAGAUCCAGAAAAAAUAGUCUUGAACCCCGCCCGAGAUGGCAAGGAUCCGUUUGUGGGCUUGGCCUUCAAACUGGAAGCUGGGCGUUUUGGUCAAUUAACCUAUCUCAGGUGCUACCAAGGUGUUCUCCGGAAAGGUGACAACAUCUUCAAUGCCCGUACCAAUAAAAAAGUGAGAAUCGCUCGCUUGGUUCGCCUGCACUCGAAUCAAAUGGAGGAUGUCAACGAGGUCUAUGCCGGCGAUAUUUUCGCUUUGUUCGGAGUUGACUGCGCCUCUGGAGACACUUUCACCACCAAUCCCAAGAACAAUCUGGCCAUGGAAUCUAUCUUUGUACCCGAACCCGUUGUUUCGAUGGCCAUCAAGCCAAAUAACACCAAGGAUAGAGAUAAUUUCUCAAAGGCCAUUGCCAGGUUUACGAAGGAGGAUCCCACAUUCCACUUCUUCUUCGACAACGAUGUGAAGGAAACCCUUGUUUCGGGAAUGGGUGAACUGCAUUUGGAGAUCUACGCCCAGAGAAUGGAAAGGGAAUAUGGCUGCCCCGUGACGUUGGGAAAGCCGAAAGUAGCAUUUAGAGAAACUCUGGUUGGACCCUGUGAGUUCGAUUAUCUGCAUAAGAAACAGUCGGGAGGAUCGGGUCAAUAUGCCAGAAUUAUUGGAAUCAUGGAACCACUGCCACCCAAUCAAAAUACCCUGCUGGAGUUCGUAGACGAAACAGUGGGUACCAAUGUACCAAAGCAAUUUAUUCCUGGAGUCGAAAAAGGUUUCAGAGAAAUGGCUGAGAAGGGAAUGCUCUCCGGGCAUAAGUUAUCCGGCAUUCGAUUCCGCCUGCAAGAUGGUGGUCAUCACAUUGUAGAUUCCAGUGAGCUGGCCUUCAUGCUGGCUUCCCAUGGUGCCAUCAAAGAAGUCUUCCAGAACGGGAACUGGCAAAUCCUAGAGCCCAUUAUGCUUGUUGAGGUUACGGCACCCGAGGAAUUCCAGGGCGCUGUAAUGGGUCACCUGAGCAAACGUCAUGGUAUUAUCACCGGAACUGAGGGAACCGAGGGUUGGUUCACUGUCUACGCGGAGGUUCCCCUAAACGACAUGUUCGGCUAUGCGGGAGAGCUGAGAUCUAGUACCCAGGGCAAGGGUGAGUUCACCAUGGAGUACUCCAGGUACUCGCCCUGUCUUCCAGAUGUCCAAGAGCAGAUUGUGCGCCAAUACCAGGAGUCCCAGGGAUUGGCUCAGCCCGACAAGAAGAAAAAAAAGAACUAAACUAGAUUUUUUACAUAGUUCUAACUAUCAUCUCUACUAAAUCGAAAUGUUAUUGUGUCAUCUAUAUUUUUGCUUAGUUAAAUUUUAUUUCAUACAACAAUUUUCAGUUUUCACUGUGAUAAACGAGACGUGUACAGUUUUUAUGUAUAAUAAAAGAAGACGAGAAAAAAAAGUUAAA